AUGGGCUUGUGCUUUAAGAAUGCUUCCACCACCGCGUCUAGGGAUCCCUUUCUCUCCCCAGGACUCACGCAGACUACCAACUUGACCCCAAGGCUGGCCCAGUGGUUAGAAGCUUCAGGUCAUUCGAGUGGACGCCGGCUGCCCAGUGGGGAGAAUAUUGUCACAGACAAGAAACAAUACACGCCGCGCCCCCAGUCACCAAGCGACAUCGAUCAGAGACACUCAAGCCAGCUCACAUCAACGGUUGCAAUGGCCGAUGGACGGAACGAAGCUCGCGCGAUGCGGAUCCUUGAGAUCAUGAACGACUUCCGCACAUUGCAGAUCCAUAUAGCUUCGCUGAUCACACGCAACGAGGCGACGCCGUCUGAUGAGCAGUUCUACUACCUUGACGGCUAUGUGGUGCUGAGACAAUGCGAGGCUGAAUCGCAAGCCAUUCUGGCCACGCACUACAACCCCGGCAACAUAGGGCUUCAGUCUGGGCAUGUGGCGGAGACAGAAGUCCAAAAGGCAACACUACAAAGAAUCAUACUCGACGCUUCCACAAGAAGAUUCCAAGCACACAAAAUUUAUCUCCGAGCGUCGGCAGCGAUGCGAUGGGUGCAGAUGCGCGCGCAACUGUUGCACGGCGACAAACCAAGCCAAAGACAUCUCAAUGGACUGCAAGCAGUAGACCAAAGACUUCGACAGGAACUCAACCAGAUCACCGACGACCAUGUCAUCAAUGACCUGCGCAACGCCGACCGCCGCAAGGGAUACUGGCUGGACGAAGAUCCCAAUCUGGAACGAAUGCUGACCUGGAUUCGACUGCAGCGAUGA